GUCGGUCGCAUUUUGCCAGAAAUAUGGAAAAUGUAACUAAAAAAUGUAGGAUACGUAUAAAAAGGAUCCACAUAAAACCGCAGAGAGAGCCAGCGGCAGCACGUGUCUCAAAUGUGGUAGCUUCGUCGUCAAAGAGAGGUCGUCCAUCAGGCCUUACAGAAGACCACAAGAAGGCAUUUAUAGAUUUCGAGAAAGAAACCCGCGUGCUUUUGGUGAAGCUCAAGGCAAGUUCGCACACUUUGUGGCAGCAAGUGUCUGCAAAACUAAACGCCAUCGUCCCGGCGAAGGGUUCUCGAGAGCCGGAGCAAUGGAGGGUUUCCUUUAAUAACUGGCGUAAUCGCGUUAUGGCCAAGAAAACGCAAAAGGAGGAUCUGUCGCCAAUUGACACAGCUGCCAAAAAACACUGGAAAAACCCUGUCUAAUUCAACACAUUGCCGGCAAACAUCAAUGAACUGGAAUCUCACAACUGCCAAUAAAAAGUUAUUAAUAAAUA